UUAAAUACAGGUGUGGCCUAUGGGCUUACUGGGAGCAAGGCCCACUUUUUGCUGGUAGUAAAAAGGGGGUCAGUCAUGCGUGUGCCAGUUGUGAGGUAAUUGAUGCCAUAUGGUGGCUGGGAAACUGGUCGACCACAGGCAAACAAAUAGUCCUCAAAAAUCCAGCGCCGACAGUUUUUCCCCUCCAGUUCCUGAAGUCUGACCUCUAUUUUUUUUUCCAUCUGCUGGUAGCCAAUCAAAAAGUCAAGACAGUCCAAUGUUUACAACGCCCUCGCAGACAGAACUCCUGCUUUAAAACAUUCGCUGUAGACAUCUUAAUUACGCACCAGGCAAGCUGCUGUCAUUUGGCUACUUGGUAAUAUAUAUAUAUAUAUAUUCCUUGCUACUUGGGUGAUUGAAAACAAGAUAUUUAGUUGGUGAUAGGCUAUGGGCAGUUAGGUGACACUUUCGUCCAAUAAUUAACGGCCUUGCCAGUCCUCAAAGCCGAGUUGUUUCAGGUGGACAUCGGUUGGAGAAGCUGGUAGGCGACACUGCGAGGACAUGAUGACACACACAACUGCAAAAGUUCUGGCGUUCUCGUGUGCUCUCUAAAACCGCUACAAGCAACACUUUCUCUUUAUACGGACUCCUUCCAAUAGCCUCUUCCACUGGUGAAGUGAUGUCAUGUCCUUCCCCCCACGGCACCAAGAUGCGCGUCUGGUCUGUGUGAGAAAUCCAGGGAAAACACUACACUCUGCCGCGGGUACGCACGACUCUCAUGAUGCUUGACUCGUUGACCUAUCUUCUAGAAAAAGUUUUUCUACUCGCACACUUCAACAUCUUCAGCCUCAUCCCUGUUGCCGAAAAGGAGACGCGAGAAAGAGACAUAAAGCCCAGUGAGUGCGAGCCCUCUCCCCGGCCGCUGCGGAGGGGAGACCUACUGGAGGUCCCGCGCACUUUGUUCACCCAUUUCGGCAUCUUUCUGGGGGACAACAAAGUCGCGCACCUCAUACCGGAUAUAUUUCCCGUGCUGACGGGAGAUGAAUUAAAAAUUCAGCAAAUGGUGACGAACAACAGAUUGCUCCUGGGGGUGCUGUGUAAGCAAGCGACGGUGAGGGUGGACUCCGUCGAAGACUUUGCGUACGGCUCACCUAUCCUCAUCAACAGCAUGGAUAACACAAUGAAGGAAAAGCCAAUGCCAAGUGAAGAAAUCGCCAAAAGAGCGGAGAUGCUUGUCGGAGGGGUUCCAUACAGCCUCUUGUGGAACAACUGUGAGCAUUUUGUUACCUACUGCAGGUAUGGGUCCGCCGUAAGUCUGCAAACCCAAAAGUUCCUCGAGUUCCUGAAAUCAGUUGUCCGGGACCAAAGGAGUAUUCUCUUCUCCGUCUUCAUUGGACUUGCGUCUAUUUAUUGGCUGGGAAUUGCGCCGGCCACAGCUCUCCCAACCAUCCUCAUCCCAUUCACGUUAUGGAUGGCGAGUUAAAAGACUCAUUUUUUUGGACUCUGCAGUGUGAAUGCGUCUGCCGACUGGAUUGUAGGCCUACUAUGCCGGAACAAAGAGGGCCUAUGUUUGGCGCACUGUGUUUACUGAAGGUUGCCAAUUCGACAACUGACACUAAAGUCUGAAAACGUUUAAGGGCUGGACAAAAGAAAUGAUGAUUAACUACAGUUCUGUGAAAUUUGUAGCAGAGUCAUAGGCAUACUAUUGGCCUAUUGUAGAUUUAAUUUCAGUGUAUAGCUGAAGAUUUUAUUCUUAAUUCUUGACUGAUGAAUUGAUGAGUCUGUAAUCUUGAAACCUGCUAUUAAUGGGCCUAAUAGGUCUUAUGCCUGUUUCUGCAAUGUAUUUUUUUUACACUGUGUAGUGCUGCUUUUUGUAUUAAAGCUCCAGUUUUAUGUUAUAAAGAAAAGCCUUCCAUAUAUGUUAUAUACACUAGACUAAAGAAUCUGGAGUGUCCAUGUUCAUUUUAAAACCCAUCCUAGCCUAUGUGGUGCUUUAAAAUUGAAAAAGUGAAAAUGGAUUGAGGAGAAACUGUUACACAAAUAGCCAGUGUUAUUAGUUUAUCUGUGAGUUCCCAGUCUGUCACUACAUUGUUUUAUACCUCAUAGAAACAUACAACUAUAAAACCAGCCAUUUCAUAUAGGCCUACAGAAGUAUGCCUGAGUUUUUACUUUGCAAACAUUUGCCUUAGGCAGACUGGUAGUGAGCCCUGAUUGCUGACUGAUGGGUUAAACCUCACUGCCACUCAUGUCAUUUCAUGUCACUUUAUCACACUUGGUACAUUGCUUACAACAUUAUUCCUUUAUAAUUCAUGCACGACUACUGUAGUGUUAAAGGCAAAAUCUAUUUAUAACAUAUUAAUAUGAAUGUAUUACUAUGUAGUUAUAAUUACAUUCAACCAAUCACUGGGAAGUACAGAUUAUAAUCAGACCAUGGCUUUGGCUACACCUUUUAAGAACUAAAAGAAUGCCGCAGGCAAGACUGCAUGGUACAGUAGGUGACACUUCUGUCGUGAGUGAAAUAGCUAAUUAAGUUUGAGGACAAAUAUGGAGAAAAAAAAGAAAACGGUUAAGUAGCCCAAGUAACAGAAGCAUUAAAUGCACACGGAAGCCCCUAGCUUUUGUAUAGCCUCCA